CCUCCGGCCUCGCCGAUGCAGGAGCGGCGGUCGGACGGGUCCCCGGGCACGGAGGGCGCGGGUGCGGCCAUGCCGCGGCUGUCGCUGGGCGGCCCGGGCGGGGCGGCGGGGAUGUCGCUGCCGCGGCUGGAGAAGCCGAUCAAACAGGCCUUCUACAACACUGGGGCGCUGCUGUUCGCGGGGCUGUGCUGCGGCGCCGCCGUCCUGGUGUACUUCAUCCUGGAGGCGUUCCUGCGGCCGCUGCUCUGGGCCGUGCUCUGCGGCACCUUCCUGCACCCUUUCAAGACCUCGCUGACCGCGCUGGGGCGGCGCUGGCUCGGCCGCCUGCACCGCUCCCGCACCCCCGUGCUGCUGGCCGCCCUCCUCCUGCCCAUCUGCUUCGCCAACUACGGCGUUGAGGCGCUGGGCGAGCAGGUGCUGCGGCGGCGGCGGCUCCUGCUGCUCCUGGGCGCCGGCGGGCCGCUGCUCUACGGGCUGUACUGCCUGGGCAGCUCCUUGGGUGUGCAGGUGCUGCUGGCACAGGCCGCCCACCUCAUCUGCCAGGGGCUCGACUACUUCAGCAGCCAGUGGAUAUGGACAUUGGUAGUUGGUUACCUUCUGAUGGUUUCAUUCAAGUGGAAUAUAAGCACUGAACGUUACUUAAAAGCAGUCUCUGUUCCUGUUUGGAUUAUGCUGCUCUUUCACUUAGCUUCUGUGGCAGGUUCCUGGAGAAUUCCUGUGUUUCUGGUUAUAGUUGUUCUGAUGACUGUAGGCAUGUUGCAUGAACAGCAGAAUGGAAAGGAGUCUUCUGGGGCAGAGCUUCCUGGUCAGAUGAUUUCCAUUGCUGCUUCAACAAUUGCCAUGGCAAUUUCAAUGACAGAAGAUGAGUCUAAUAAUGAACAUUCCUCCCAACCCUCAGGAGCAACAGAAGGUGAUCAGCCUCCACGUGCUGCACCAUCUAUCUCCUCCUCUUCAUCUUCUUCUGGGAACAGACAAAGACCUGAGAUUGGAUCUUUUCUUAGAAAAAAGAAAACGAGUGAUAUUUACUUUGUUACACUUGUGUGGGCCAUCGUCAUUGUUCAGAUCUGGCUAAAUUUUUGGAUUGUGCAACUAUUGCCAGUGCCUUUUGCAGUUUGGGCACUUAAAAAACUUGUGGUUCAUUUUGGAGUUUUGAACUUCUUGGCAAACCAUUGCAAAAGUUGGUGGCAAUUUGUUGAGAAUUUUGUGAAGGAACGUCGGGAAGCUCUUGCUCCACGACCCAUCAGAGGACUUGGAAGUGUCAUGCUAAAGCUUGACAGUAAGCUGUGGCACUGGCUUAAUAAGAAGAUGAUCGUGUGGUUGGAGAAAAUGCUAGAUAAAAUAAUCAGCAUUUUUAUAAUAUUUUUGCUAGUCAUAGGAACCCUCCUGCUAGCCCUGCUCCUCACUGCAAAGGUACAUCAAGAGAGUGUUCACAUGAUUCAAGUCACAAGCAGCUUGAUCAAUGAGACAGUAGCCAGUCACCCAGAAUGGGCAAACUGGCUCCCAGAAGCCCAGGUAAUUCAGAAGGCCCUCAAUUCCGCAGCGAAUAAUGUGUACCAAUAUGGCCGAGAAUGGAUUACACAUAAGCUCCAUAAGAUUUUAGGAGAAAAAGUGAAUAACACCGCUGUGAUUGAAAAACAAGUACUUGAGCUCUGGGACAGACUUUAUCACUCUUGGUUUGUGAAGAAUGUGACACAUUCUGGAAGACACAAAGGACACAAGUGGCACAUAAACCGUCAAAACAGCUGGCUUGGAGAUAUUCUGGACUGGCAAGAUGUUGCAUCAUUUGUUCAUGAUAACAUUGAAACAUUUCUCUCAAUUCUGGAGUCUCUGUGGAUAGUGAUGAGUCGCAAUGUGAGCCUCUUGUUUACUACAGUUACAACAUUAGUGACAAUCCUCUUCCACAGUGGGACAGCUCUUCUCAAUUUUGUGCUUUCUGUGGUGAUUUUUCUGACCACACUGUUCUACCUAUUGAGCUCCAGUGAUGAGUACUACAAACCAGUAAAAUGGGUGAUAAGCCUGACACCUUUAUCUCAGCCAGGUCCCUCCUCAAAUAUAGUUGGCCAAUCCGUGGAGGAAGCAAUAAGAGGUGUAUUUGAUGCUUCCCUCAAAAUGGCUGGGUUCUAUGGACUCUACACUUGGCUGACUCAUACUAUAUUUGGUAUUAACAUAGUCUUCAUACCAUCUGCAUUAGCAGCAAUCCUUGGAGCAGUGCCAUUUCUGGGGACAUACUGGGCAGCGGUCCCUGCAGUCCUAGAUUUGUGGCUUGUGCAAGGACAGGGAUGCAAAGCCAUUUUGCUCUUGGUUUUUCACCUCUUGCCAACUUACUUUGUAGAUACAGCAAUUUAUUCAGACAUAUCAGGAGGUGGUCAUCCUUACCUGACAGGUCUUGCGGUAGCUGGUGGAGCAUACUACCUGGGACUGGAAGGAGCCAUCAUAGGACCAAUUCUACUUUGUAUACUUGUGGUAGCUUCCAACAUAUAUAGUGCCAUGUUGGUGAGUCCAACAAAUUCAGUGCCCACUCCCUCACAAGCAACGUGGCCAUUACAGAUUUACCGGUCAUCUCGAGAGAGUCCCGAGGAGAUGAAACCAUCUUCAGAGUGAUGAAGGUGCUGUCCUGCACGUAUAUAAUGUGAGGGAAUCGCUGUCUUCUAUCUUGACUUCACAACAGCCAUGGCCUUCUGUCCUUUCCCAGCUGUGCCUGGGGGGCAGCUCACAGGGAAGCAUAGCUUGGGUUUUAGGAGAAAGUAUUUCUCAAACAUCUGCUGGCCUUACAUUAUUGUGCACUUUGCCUCUUCAAGAGAGAAUGUCUACUUCCCAAGGCUUUGCAUACCAACACACAGUUCAACUAUCUUGUUGAAGACUUUGAAGACCUUCUGUCUUCAUAAAAAGAAUGGUUAAGAGGGACAGGUACAUCCACUGGAAUCAUUAUGUUAUCUGCUGAAAUUACUAACUUAGCUUUUAUUUAUUGGAUUAUUUGUCUUAUUAAAUUGUAGUAGCUUUAAAGAAAGCUGUAAUUCCAAAAUAUUUAUUUUUAGCUAAUCUGGUGGUGAAAGAAGUGUAAACCACUCAUUGUGAAAUGAAAGUAUAAGUAUUUGCUGCUCCUCAAAGUGUUUCUUUAUAGGCUUCAACCAUCAUAUGUAACUCAUAAUAACACUUAAAUGUUAUCCUCUUAUAUGCACCGAAAUUUAGUGGUUUUGGAGACUGGUCUUUCUAAUAUCAUCCUGAAAUGAGUAGAAAUGCAAACUGUUAGUUGUGGGUUUUCCUCUUACUGAAAUAGGAGGACUUGUUUAAAUAGUUUAAAUCUUGCCCUCAUUUGCAGUGAAAUCUGAUAAGAUUUUGCUGCUUACCCACCCUCUCAGUGGAGUCAUCUUGUCAACUAAAUUUAAUCCAAGGCCUUAAGUGUUUUCAGGCAGUAGUAAUGUGUGAUAGUCAUGUGUACUUCCAGUAAUAGGAAGAAGUUGAAUGGGGAUUGUUGGUUUUCAAAUGCUGUGGCUAAGUUCAGUUAACUUUUCAAACAAAUUUUAUUUCCAGAGAGAAAGGGGAGAUAGCAUAGAUUUUGGUUUAGUUUAGUUUGGGGUUUUUUAAGCCUGUAAGCCUCUGGCUAAAUGUCUUUCUAAGACAUAAGAUAUAUCUUAAGGUAUAUCUUAUUAAUAAAGUUCUUAAAUUUCUGAAAUGAAGUGUUGCCUAGGUCACAGCAUGAAAUCCUCUAGUGUUUUUCUUCCAUACAUAAUUUUGCUUAAAUUGCAGUUUUGGUGACAUUUAAGGCCUUUUGUAUUGAUUGUUGAAAUAUUUUGACACAAUGGAUCUUUAUAAAUGGAUCCUUUUUGUAAAAGGGAAGUGGGCUUUUUGGUAGAUAUUUUUCAUAGUUGCACAGCUUUUCCACAAAUACAAUGAGGCCCUGGGUACUAAGUAGCAGAUGCACUUGCUUAACCAAAGAACCACCUUUCAGUUUCUAGUAACUUCUCUUGAAUUUAUUUCAGUUUGAUUGAUAAUAAGUUGUACAAAAUACAGGCAUGCCGUGUAUUUAUUGACAGUAAUGUGAUGGAUGAAACAAAAAUCCAUUCUUAUCCAGGGAUAUCUGAGAUGUGUGUACAAAUAGCUGUCAGUAAUAAGAUGUUUGUUUUACUUGAGUUGCAGGAGUGCUGAUAGAUAUGGAAGGUUCUUACUUUCAUGGUUGUAUGUAUUUUACAUUGUUUCUAAAAAUACAUUUCCAUGGAAAGUGAUUGGAAAGUACUCUGAUGCUUAGUAAGCAAGAAAGUCCUGCUAUAGGUUUGCAAUAAACAGGCUGCCUAUUAAGACACAAAUAGCCUUGCUCCUCAGAUUCUCAAAAUUUACUGCUGCAAUUUUACUGAUGAAAUUUUGUAUUUAAGUAGAAUGGUUGAGUGUGCUGUUUGCACACUUGCAGGUAUGUGUUUGAAGGACAGACUCGGGCUUAAUUUAGUAGGUUGACUCGAGUUCAUUGAAAUAUGGAAAUAUCCCAUUUAAUAUUUUAAAUUCUGAAAGAUCUACACCUUAGUUCCAACUAACUGAAUAAGAAGAAUGUAUUGCUUGAAUCAAGUAUGUAUCCUGUGGUUUUAUUUCCUUGGCUUUUUGGCUCAUGAAAAAUCUUUAAUGAAACAUAUUUUUAUAAUUUUUACUGACUAGGGCGAAGGAUGAUGAAAAGCUUGAAGGUAUCACUAAGUAUUCCUGCAACAUUCUAACCAGCUUGAAUGAGAACACCAUUAUACUUAGGAAACUUCCUUAUUAUAUCACUUUUUGUUUAGUUCACAGUUUUGCACUGAAUUGUUGUGUUCUUGUUGUAGCUUUUUGUAGACAUCAUUAAAGAAGAUUAGUAGCAAAAAAAAGAAUGCAUCUUUAAUGUAUUUCCAGUUUUCCAUUGCACCUCUGUGCUCACUGGUCAAGAUAUUUUAUUGUCCACAUUUGCUAUCCCAUUUUCUGAGACAAUCUUUCAUAUUUCUAUGGUACUCAAUAUAGUCAUUUUAAAGAGUCAUAUUGUUUGCUUUUAAGUUUUCUUCCUUCUCCCCCUUUGCCUGACCACCUUAGAUCCAAGAGGAGUCUCUUAGGAAGAUUAAAAUCAUAUUUCAGACACAGUUAUCUUCCAUAAUGGCAAAUGAGUAAAAUCAUCUGAGACGAGACAUUGCUAUUUUGCAAUAUUCCUUUCCCAACGCAAAAGAAAUUAUUUUGUAUAGAGAAUUCAUAUCUGCUAUAGUCUUGUUAGUUUGCCCUCUUUUAAAAUGAGGCUUUGUAUUGAUGCUUCCUGUUUCAAAGUCAGCUGAGACUCGCCAUGAAGAACCAUCCAUAGUACUGUCUUAGUAAGUGUAAUUUUAGUAGCUGAUGCUGUGGGCUGUGCCUGAUUGAGGAACCAAUUAUAUGGUUCAGUAGUGGUGCAGUGACAGUAUAUUGCCAAAAAAAAAAACCAAAAUAAGAGACAAAACCUCUACCUUCUUAGAAUAGAAAAUAUUCACUGAUUGUCACCAUGUUUAGAAAAAACCCACAAAACACCACAUUAUGAAAGAGCGUACUUUGAUUAUAUGGGUUUUGUGUUUAGUAAGUGGCUAAUUAACAGUAGAAAUAGAAGACCUAGUUCUUGCAUAUUUAGCAAUCUAUAUUGUUUUCUGAGAGGACUCAACCUCUUUAAGAGUGGUUUAGUUUAGAUCAGUCUCACAUUAAUGCGAAAAUAAUCAAACCGGUCAUUUUGACUUCUGGUCACUGUAAAGAGUCUAUUCAUGGUUAUAUUUCCUCAUCUGCAAAAACAACCUGCGGCUCAAUAGGAUAAGCUUUUAGUAGAUGGCUUGUGGGGUUUGUAAAAAAAAAAACAAAACCAAAAAACAAACAUAACCAAAUGGCAACAAAUCAAACCAAAAUCUUACUUUUCUGCAGUUUUCUACAAUUUUCUUAGGAGAGACUACCUUCUCCAUAAUGCUUAUUGGGAAGAAGUUGAUGGCUUUUAGCUGUACUGUAAACACUCAUUACAGAACUAGGUAUUUACUAAAUGUAUUUAGUACAUGCAGUGUUAAAUUUGAAAAAAAAAAAUAGAAUUUUGAAGGGAAUGCUUGUAGUAAUCCAAGACAAUGUGGUCUCAUGGUAUUGUGAAAUUCAACUGUGGUGGAUUUUUAUCAUUCUCUUCUAGCAAAUCAGGCUUGUUGCAAUUAAGUGUAGUGCAAAAAUGCUGAUGCUGACUGUUUCUGGUACUUGAGUCUGAGUUAGCCCUUCCACCCCUUGCCAUUAGCUGAACGUUAUUGUGCUGUGGCAGAGUUAGCAGAAGUGACUGUGUGCCAGUUUAUAGCCCAGCAUGUUAACUUCAAGUCACUGUAAAUACUGGCUUAAUUGGAUGCACGGAGCAACAAACUGCAAUGUGCAAGGAUCUGGCACACAUUCAUUUUGCCAGCCUUACUACAAUACAGUGGCUUUCAGCAUGGAUGUACUGUGACCAGUUGGGAGCAGGAAUGACUUAUUUUGAAACACUGCUUAAAAAAAAAAAUUAACAUCAGAGUAAUACAUACAAUACACAUUUUUCAGAAAUUAAUUUGCUAAGCAUAUAUCUAACUAAUAAUGAAGCCAGCAGUCAGAUAAUUCUGUGCACAAUGGUGUGUAUGUGCAGUUUAUUUAGGGUACACUUAGGCUUGUCUGAUUUCAAGGACUGUGUGGCUUCUCUCAAGGACUUUGGGGGGGAGGAUGCACUGGAGAUGUGUAUUUUGUCAGUAAUUAUUGGAAUGGGAAAUCCAUAAUAUGUUACAUUAAACACAAUAAGAAAAAAGCAUUGUUCAGGGAAAAUCGGAUUCUCUUUCCACUCUUAUACUUUGGGGGUAUCAGCGUAACUUUUGAAAUAGAUGUAUGGCUGCAAUGUCAAACAUUGUUUUUCAGAAAACCUGAAAAUACGAAACUGAACGAAAUUGUUACUCAGUAAGAGCAGCAGCUGAAUUGCUGUGCUGCUGAUCCCUAGCACUGGCAACAGAAUACUGCAAAUGGUGCAGCCCUUCCUAUGGACCUGAUAAAGUAAGGAUGGGAAAAUACUAUUAUUCUGCUGAGACUCCAUAGCUUUGCAUCACUGGCAGAAGAUGCUUCCACAACUGCCUUUGUUCAAACAUUGUGUUUAUAUUAUAUUGACUUGAAUUUGUCACUGCAGAUAGUACCACCUCUAUUGGAUACUACCUCUGGAAAUAGCUACAGUUUCCUUCAGAAGGUGUCGAAAGGUGUUUGGAUUGGAGUUGGUGUUCAUUAGGUUUAAUAAGAGAGGUAGCAUUCUUCUAGAGAUGCUGUUGUUUGCCUUGAAGUUUGCAAUUUUACAAGAGAAAAUUGAUUUCCCAAAUAAUCUUUGUUGAGUGACAACUGGCAUCUCUUAAAUCCAUGGGUACAUCAACUUUUUAAACUCAAUAUAUUAACUUGUUUUUCAAAGUUUCUUCUUACUAUUAUUUCUUACAUUUUUUGCUGAAGCAAACUUUGGCAAUUCCCUUAUUUCUAUUUCUACAAAACUAGGGUUGUCUAAAACUCUUACAAAUUUAAAGGAGGAUUGAUCUUUAACCUGGUACUAUUUAUCUGUCACUUUUACUAAAGUACCUGAGUGCUUUGUGGUAAAAUUUUCAAAAAUUGCUUUUAAGUGAUUGGAGAUAAAAAAAAUUAAGUUAAAAAAGCAGCAGUGUGGAAACUUAAUUUGGUGUUUUGAAACCCAAAACAAUGCCAGAAGUGAUGAGCGUAUUCAGGGAUUCUACACUGGAUUUUUAAAUGUAUAUAUUGGUAUGCAGCAUUAUAUAAAUAUGAGCAGUCUCUGUCUUAUUCAGACUUCAAUUGAAAUUUUUUGCUAUCUUUUUUUUUAAUGAUAUCUGAGAACUAACUUGUGCCUGUAGAUAGUGAAAACAAGCAACAUUUUCUAGAAUUUAUGUUUACUUGUUACAGAUUGAGGAACAGCCAAGCAAAUACUGGUAGGGUAACUACAACUGUUUUGUUGUUAGUUCAUAUAAACUAGGGAAAAGCUGCUAGGAAUGCACUGCUGAGAGAUUACUGUUUCUGGAAGUAUUUGCACACAUCCUCUAAAGAGCUGCCAAAAUUAAUAGGUCAUGAAGUAUGUCUUCAGUUCCCUAGACUCCUAAUCUCUUCCACACCUCAUCUGGUAUCUUAUUUUGAAUAUGGUUUAGUACAUGAGAGUAUUGCUUCAUCCCCUUUUGGGAAUCAAUUCCAGGGCCUGAAGGGCAUGCUUUGAAUGUCCAUACUGAAAUAAUAUGUCCCACUCAGGAAGGAAUUGCUAAUUGGAAGUAAUUGCAUCCUUGAUCUGCUCUGCAUAUGGAUGGACUUGGAAAAUUAUAAUUCGUGUUGCAUUGAAUUAGAGAUUAUUUUUUGACUAUAAGUACUAUGUGGUGACACCAAAGCCAUGUUUGAGUGAGAAGCAGGGCGUAUUUGCUUGCAGCAGGAUGCAUCUGCAAGCUGAUAAAGCAGAGUGAGUGCUCUAGCAUUCAUAUAUAUGUGUGUGUGUGUGUGUGUGAAGAAUUUUCAUAAUGAUUUUAAAGCAAAAAGUUGAUUUCUUUUCCUGGCCUCACUUUUUUACCACCAGACUGUCAUACACAGUGAUCCAAUGAGGACCUAAAAUCAAAGAAACUUUUCAUGGUAUUGGUAUAGAUUAAAUGUAAGAGGUAUCACAAAGCUAAAAAGUAGCCACGGAACAAAAGUUCAUUAGGCUUAAGAACUGACAUCCAGACUGUAAAGGAUGACAUAAGACUGGAAAAACAAAACCCAAGUAUUUCACCACGUUCUGCCAGUCUCAACCUAAAACAGGAGCUUUUUCAAAAAGUGUCAAUAAUAACUAUUUUUGUGUUGUACAUAACUUACUGGCUCUGUAGAUCAAUGUUUUUAGUUUCUGUCAUCUGUCAUGACUGGUUUAAUCUACAAGCAUACAAUUUGUUCAGAUUGUUGCCUUUAAAAACAGAUUUUCUGUGCUUCAGUGAUGGUUGGAAACCAACUUUUUAUACCAAUAGUUAGGUGCUUACCUAUACUUAUAUAUGCUAGCUAGUGUUUGAUGUUUUGCUCAGAACACUAGGGAAGGUUGGUUCGGAAGGCAGGGGGUUUUUUUCCUCCUUUGGGAAAUUUCACCAAAACAAAUCCAAAGAAACUUUUGACAUCGAAUCCUAAGACUGGCUACACCCUACUCAAACCUAACAGCAGAUCUUUUGCAUUACAGAGCAUGGGUUGUUCUAAAACAUGCAUUUCUACCCAGGCCCCGUGGGGAUUUGGAGCAAUAACUUCUACUGUCUGUUGACGCAAAUUUUGUCUGUAAAUGUACAUGUGAUACAUCUUCAGAAUGGAACUAAUGUUAUCAAAAUUGGGUUUGGUACAGUACCUGGUUUUGCAUGUAUAAUAUUGAAAAUAUAACCCCUGUGUCCACCUGUGGCAGAAUAAAAUGUGUAAGUUAAAAUUGAGAAGUACUUGUGUAGACUGCAGAGGUAUUUAAACUAAAUAAUUUUGAUUGUAUGCACCAGUGCUCAUCCUAAUAAAAAUGUUUUUUGUAGCAGGUUUAAGAUGCUUUUAACUUAAUACUGUAUUCACACCACAGUCCUUUGUAAGCACAGAAUGGUUAAUAUAUUUUGAAAUAAAAUGCCGUUAACGUAAAGAAAACUGA